AGAAGAAGGAAGAUGACGACGACGGAGAAGAAAGAGAUGGAAGUGGUGAAGGGUCUCGACCUGGAGAGGUACAUGGGCCGUUGGUACGAGAUUGCUUCCUUCCCCUCCAGGUUUCAGCCAAGGAACGGCGUCGACACUCGCGCCACCUACACCCUUAACCCCGACGGCACGGUGCACGUCCUGAACGAGACAUGGAACGGAGGGAAGAGAGGUUUCAUCCAAGGCUCAGCUUACAAGACCGACCCGAAGAGCGACGAGGCCAAGUUCAAGGUCAAGUUCUACGUCCCUCCUUUCCUCCCAAUCAUUCCCGUCACCGGCGACUACUGGGUCCUCUAUAUCGAUCCCGAUUACCAGCACGCCGUCAUCGGCCAGCCCUCAAGGAGCUACCUCUGGAUACUGAGCAGGACGGCUCACGUGGAGGAAGAGACGUACAAGCAACUGGUGGAGAAAGCGGUGGGAGAAGGGUACGACGUCAGCAAACUUCACAAGACCCCUCAGAGUGACGCACCACCUGAGUCCGACGCUGCCCCCGACGACACCAAGGGCGUUUGGUGGCUCAAAUCUAUCUUCGGCAAGUGA